UUUAUAGGAUGAGUACCAGCUCAGGAAUAAAUGCUGAUGUGACAUCUACUGUGAAUCACUCUAUCAUCCCUGAUGAUAUGAGUGAUCCCUCGUCGUCUCUAGAUAGUCCUGGUUUUGAAGAUGCCGAUUUGCUUAGUUCAUCAAAUGUUGCUGAUGUUACUGCUCAGCUUGCUGCAGCCGGUCCUAUUGGGAUGGCUGCAGCUGCUGCUAUUGCUACUGCCAAAAAACGCAAGAGACCUCAUUCAUUUGAAACAAAUCCUUCAAUACGUAAACGCCAACAAACAAGGUUAUUAAGGAAACUGAAAGCCACAAUUGAUGAAUAUACUAUAAGAGUGGGACAACAAGCUGUUGUCCUUGUAGUCACUCCUGGCAAACCACAGAACAAUUUCAAAGUGUUUGGGGCACAUCCAUUAGAAAAUGUGGUAAGGAAUUGUAAAACUGUCAUAAUGCAAGAGCUAGAAUCAGCUUUAGCUCAACAAGCUCCACCUCAAACACAAGAUGAUCCUACUCUUCAUGAAUUGCCUCCAUUAGUCAUUGAUGGCAUUCCUACACCAGUUGAGAAAAUGACUCAAGCUCAACUUCGAACUUUCAUACCUUUGAUGUUAAAAUAUUCAACUGGACGAGGAAAGCCUGGUUGGGGUCGGGAAUCUACAAGGCCAGCAUGGUGGCCUAAGGAAUUACCGUGGGCAAAUGUCAGAAGUGACGCACGUACAGAUGAAGAUAAGCAAAAGGUUUCUUGGACUCAUGCAUUGCGUCAGAUUGUAAUUAAUUGUUAUAAAUACCAUGGGCGUGAGGAUCUUCUACCUGCAUUUACAAAUGAUGAUGAUAAAGAAAAAACCAAAGCUGCAAUACAAGCCCAAACAUCUGCUAUUGAAACUCUUGCAAGUGCUCAGGGAACUUUAUACGCUCAACCUUUAACAGCGCAUUAUCCAACCAUGGUUCAAACUAUCAGUAAUCCUGAUGGCACUGUGUCACUGAUACAAGUUGAUCCCACAAAUACUGUUGUUACUCUACCUGAUGGUACUCAAGCGCAGUUACGUACUGUGAGUGCGGUUCUUGGCUCUCAAGCUGAUGGAGAAAUAACUGCUGGAACACAUCAAGUCAAUGGCCAGACUGUUACACCUGUUAGUAUUGAUCUGAAUGGUGAAGCAGGAGCUCAGGCAGUUGCAACAUUAGCUGAAGCAACUAUAAAUCCUGAUGGACAAAUCAUUCUUACUGGAGAAGAUGGCACACAGAGUGCUUUUCCAGUCUCUGGUAUGGUGUCAAUACCUGUUUCUAUGUAUCAAACUGUAGUAGCCAACAUAAGCCAGCUCACAGAUGCACAUGGCAUUCAAGUUGCCAUGGCACCCAUAGUCACAGAAUCUAAUUCAGAGUCCCCAGUUAAUGUUACCUCGACCACAGAUAAUGUCAAUGUUUUGACUGCAGUCACAUCAUCAUCAGCACAAGUCUCAGAACAGAGUUAAUACCUCAGUGCUCAUUGAUUGAUCAUGAAUAUUCAUUCACCAUUAGUAAGAAUGCAAUGAUGUACAUUGAGUCAUCUUGCACGUGGUCUUUCUCAUGAUGUAUAUAUUUGUCGUCUUCACUUUGUACAGAACUUAUCUGCCAGAUUACUUCAGUAUUUGCUGUGUGCAUGUAAUACAUGUUGCAGUACUGUGAUUUUAAAAAGAUGUAACAAUUCUUGUUAAGGUAAGCAGAACCAUGCUGCAUAAAUACUGUAGUUAUAUUUCUGUGGCAUUGAAGGAAUUUGAGUCAUUUUAAACAUAAAUACUUAUCCAAGGAUAUGUAUGUGGCGUGCAACUGUACAUAUGUUUAGUUUGAAUAUAUAUUAUACCUGACUGGUUGAUUUUAUUUGUUAUUGUUUUCCAGAGUUUUCAGAAGUUAAAUUGAUCUCACAUUUUACUAGAAUAUUGCCCUCUUAUCUAUCUUUGUUGAUGUAUUUUAAACUAAUAAGUUGAAUAUGGCAGUUGCAUGAAUUUUUCUAGUUGUUUUCUUGUAAAAAUUAAUGGAUAUGCAAUUUUUAUAUAUUUGUUAUAAGUGGCUAUGAGGGUUUAAAAGUACUUUGUGAAUCACAAAUUUUUUAUUUGUGCAGAAUAUGAUUUUUUAAUACACUAAAUUUCUUUAACAAAUUUUUCAUAUUGUGUUAAAUAUAUAUGAUUUUUAAUUAUCAAAAACUUGGUAAAUUUAAGGGAAUUUUAUGUACAUAUGGCUGCUUAAUGAUAGUAAUUACUAUUAGUUACCCAGUUUUCUUCAUUUUGUUAUUUUUUAUUAAAUCAUGCUAUUAUAUCUAGCACAUCUGUUAGAAAGUAAUCCAUACAUGCUUCUGUUAAUCUAAAAAUGUACUCAAAAAGUUAUUAUGAAUUUUGCAGUUUUAGUGAUUUUUGAAUGUUUGUCAUUAAAAUAUGUGUAUAAAGUUUAAUUGAACUUGCAAGUUUUUUCCCUGCUCUGUAUCUUUUUUACAGAUUUUGUAGUAAAUGAAAAUAAGCAAACUCAAAUGUAAAAAACAAAAAUAUUGUUAUUGUCUUAAGUUAAGGAAAAAGCAAUUUUUGCUCAACUGAGAAAAAUAAUUAGAUAUUAAGCAUAUAUGUUGUGAAAAAUUUAUUUACUUGUAAAUUUAAGAGUGUCCCCCCAUAACAAUUCUGAAGCAUAUUUUAUCCAUGAAUAAAUAUCUAAUAACAGUGUAAUUGACUGAGUGACUAAGACUAGUGUUUUUUAUUGCAGCAACUGAAAGUAAACAUCUCCAUGCAUAAUAUGUACAUAUGUAAUAUAAAAUAUGAAUAUUGUGUUUUCUUGUGGAACAUAGUUUAUCACUCAAAUUAGAGUGUGAUAGGAAGGGGAGAGUGUUUUACGAGAUUCUAAUGAAAGUAGUCAAACAAUAAAUUUUCAAAUGGAUACGUGAUUUCCUCCAAUUCUAAAUAUCUGUAUUCUUUUUAAGAGAAAAAAUUCUUCCUUUACUCUUUUUACCACAGUUUGUUGAAAUUUGAAGGUUUUUUUUUUUUUUAAUUGGUGAUGUAAUUUCAAAUUUUGUUCAUAUAAUGAUAGUCUUGAAAAUUGUUUGGAAAUUAUUACAUAUAAUUUAGAUUAGCAGUAAAUUUGAUUUGAAGUGAUCGAAUUCUGAGUUUUACAAUGCUUUUUUCAUAUCAAAUAUCUAUAAUUUGUAUUCAUUUAAAAAUGUUAUUUUGUUUCUUCAUCUGUCUUUGAAAUAUUCAUUUUUUCUUUCCUAUAUCUCUUGAUGGCAUUUGAAGUUCUUUGCUGUUGAAAUAUACUAUUGCAAACAUGUUUAGUUAAGUCAGUAGGAAAACUGAAGUAAUGAUAAUAUUUGGAUAUACAUUUUAUUUUGAAUAAAAAAUUCUGUCCAUAUCUCUGUUCUUUUACAUAGAGUCAUAAUGGUGGUAUAUGUUUCAAGAAAAAUUUUGGCAGCUACAAUGAUUUAAAUGUAUAAAAUUAAAUUUCUGCAGAGGAAAACUUUAUUUUUGUUCAUCUCAACAUCUACAGUUGGUUAUUAAAAAUAUAUAUUUUUCUGUAUUAUGCAAGUAUCUGCAUAAUCAUAAUUUUUAUUAUAUUAUGAAUAAGUCUUCUGUGGCUGGAGGUGAAGAUUAUAAAUUAAAGAUAUCGUGUAUUAAAUGUAACUUAUUAUAAAGCUCCUGUAAUAAAAAAGUUUUAAAAAAAAUAUUUAAACUAUAGAUUAAAAUUAUUUUUUGGAAAUACAAUUUAAAAUAAGGUUUCCUUAGCAGUUUGCACAUUUGAUUUUUUUUUUCCCUAUCUGUAAUAUGUUAGAGAAUGGUUUUAUUAUUCUUCAUUUGCAUUAAUGGAAACGGUAAAUAUGUAUUUCUAUGUUGAUAGCAGAUACAUAUAUUAGUUACAACUUGAUUUAUUUGUCUCUGCAUCAAAUAAAGUUAUUUGUUUAGAUGUUUGUGUGGAAAACUAAAGAAAUUUAAUGCACGCAUAUUAAAUGCUUUUUAUGAAGAACAAUUUUUUAACCAUUUUGAUUGUAUUUUGCUAAAGACAACCAUAGACUACAAAGGUUCAUUAUUUCCUUUCCUAUUAAUACUUUGUAUUGUAAGCUGUUGCAAAAUUUCACACUGUUGAUUCACAUUUCAGGGCAGCAUACAUGAUUUUAUUUUAUGGCUUAAUUUGUAGAAUGGCUUAGAAUUUCUGCUACUAUAUUUUAUUAAUGUGCUGAGUGGAGUCUGAUGAGUGGUUAAUUAAGAUUGUGCAGCUUUCAAGUUCUUUUAAACGGAUCCAGUUAAUUUAAAGGCAUAUUUUUUAAUGUUUUAAAUUUUUAUAUAGCUUAAAUGAAAAAUAAUUUGAGUAUAAAAUUUUUCUCUUUUAAGCUCAGUAAAAUGUUUGUAUCUAUU